AUGGCACUCUGUGUUAAGAUAGAUUGCACUCCCGAACAUCUUCCCCCAAACUGAGUGUCUAAAAGAGGUAUAAAAUGAGGAGAGAUCAGUGCCUCGGCAUGAUCCUCAACCCAUAUGAUUUGAACAUCAUAGAGAAUCAUCAGACCAGUCUAGUAGGUGGCGGUAAUUCAACAUUUAUUGGAUGCCAACCACCGUUAAACCUCAACGAAGAAGAAGAAGGAGUGUUUCCGUCAAGAUGGCUGUCGGUGCCUUCCCCAUCGCCAAGCUCCUCUACCUCGGUGUACGGCAGCUCAGCAAGCCCGUAGCCAACAAGCUCAAGGCCGGGGCUCUCCGGAGCGAGUUCUUCAAGACAUAUGUUUGUCUUCCACCGGGACAGAUUUACCACUGGGUGGAGAUGAGGACCAAGAUGAGGAUCAUGGGUUUUCGGGGUUCCACCAUCAAGCCCCUGAACGAAGAGGCGGCAGCAGAGCUGGGUGCAGAGCUGCUAGGGGAGGCCAUCAUCUUCAUCGUCGGAGGGGGGUGUAUGAUCCUGGAGUACAGUAGACAGGCGGCCAACUCUAAGAGGAAGGAAGAAGAGCUGAGUCACACCAUUGGCAGUCUGCAGACACAGAUAGGAGAGCUGACCUUGAACACAGAGACACUGGAUGCCAGGCUAAGGGAGGUCAACAGGCUGCUGCUCUCCUUACCACCUCCUGUUACCACGCAAGUUCCUGUUUCGGAUCCUGCUACCACUCUGGCUUCCUCUUCUGUGGAUCCCAGUCAAAAGUGAUGCCUGUGUAAUUUCAGAAUUAGCCUGAUGGUCGUCAGAUCUGUUUGUCUUUAGCCAAGUUCUCGCUCAUGUCAUAACUAACCUUUUCAUAUCUGUCUCUCUCUCUCUCAAUGUAGUGUUGUCAGACGAGACUAAAGGACUCUACACACACACACACACACACACACACCACACACACACACUCUGCAAACGGAGCGACGGAAAACCGCUUGUGUCGAUCCCUGCUUACUUUUGUGCGGCUGAAUUUAUGGAGUGGACCGUAUACGACGCUCUGUGUGCGUGUGUGGAGUCCUUUCCGUCUAGGUUAUGAUGCCACAGGAGUCAGCUGUUGGCUAAAACAGACAGAUCUCUGUCCACCAGGUUAUGUCUGUUUAAUAAAAAGGACUGUGACACUUAACCGUAUGCUUCCCAGAUUAAACAGUCUGUAUAUUA